AUAAAAUAAGUAGAUUAUUGUUUGGUUCAGUUUCUUAUUGUUUUCAAAGUUUGGUUCGUUUUCUUAGUUGUUUUCAAAGUUUCUAAAUUGUUUUCAAAGUUUGUUGUGUUGUGUUGUAUUGUGUUGUGAAGUUUAGUUCAAUUUCCAUUAGAUUAUUGUGUUGUGAUCCAUUCGCUUAUGUUUGAUGGCUUAUAUUUUAUAACUUAACACUCUCAUAUUUAUGUAACAGGUUUGGACGAGACAAAGGAAAGCUAUCUCGUGUUAUUUCUGGGAUUUUAAGGAGAAAGUUCGAUGGUCCAUACUUCAGCUGGAAGGUUACGCCAUUACACAUACGGGAGAGAUAUUUUAGAUCCUUUACGAGGAAAUACAAUUGGGAUGUUGCGAUUACUGAGCUUGUGAGAGAAGGAUUUGUGAAGAUAGCGAAAAACAGAAUGAAAGGAAUUGUAAGUCAAGCAAAGACGUAUGAUGAGCCACCGAUUUGGAUCAAUCCUACACUUUGGAAACAAAUGUGGGAGCAUUGGGACACACCUGAAGCUAAGGAGAAGAGCUCUAAUGCAUCCCAAGCCCGUAAUUCUGAUCGUGACGGUCUUGGAAUCCACAAACAUCUAUCCAGCCAGAAAUCUUACUUGCGAAUUCAACAAGAGUUGGAAGAAAAGUUGGGACGUCCUGUCUCGCUUGGAGAGGUGUUUGUCGCAACACAUACAAAGGCAGAUGGAAGUUUUUAUUCAGAAGGCCAAACAAGUUGUGGAGACAUAUGAGAAGAACAUAGAGGAGGUAAUGUCUCAAAUGGAGUCUGAUGUUACAGACCACUCCUCGCCAGAUUCUCCUCAUGCAACCCUCCUCCCCAUUCAAGAAAAAGAUGACAUUUUCUUAAAGUGUACUGUAACGAAUGCCAAGGGAACCCCCUUUGGACUUGGAAGUCUCUCGGAGAUAAUCACCAAAGGGAAAAGAAAGGCUACUUAUCCAAGCUCUAGUCCAGAUUCGCUGUUAGAGAUUCAAGAACAACUCCAGGUUGCUCGUCGUAAGCUCGCUGAUCAAGAUGAAGAAAAUGCUCGACGUGCCAGAGAAGAUGCUAGACGUGAUGAGGAGCAACGUGACGCUCAAAACCGCAUUGCAACCUUGGAGAUGCUCGUAUCCUACUUGAAGACUAGUGAUCCGGGGGUUGCAGAAUUCUUGUCUACUCAACCACCAGCCAAUGCGCCAUUAACCACAGCAGCACCAGCAACCAACAUCACUCCAGCCACUGCGACCAAUGUCAACCAACCUGCAACAACCACUUCAGGAGCUAGUUCACCAUCUACUUCACCUGCGACUGCACCAACCACUUCACCUUUGUCAGUAUCAUCCUCUCAUGCUUAACAAACUAAUUCUAUCUCUUUUAAGCCUCUAUAACUAUUUUUUGGAUUGUGUAGUAGUGUUUCUAGAUCCUUAGCCUAAAACUAUUUUCUGUAUAUGAUCGUUGAAUGAUUUGUAUGUUUUUUGUUAAGAUCAUUCAAAUCAGGAUUUUAAUUUAAAUUCAGGUUUUUUUUUUCAAAAUUUAUUGUAUACUGUCCCAAAUUACUAGGUAUAUUUUCACUGAUUUGCGACCAUUUAUAAUUUAAAUAAACACAAACAAAGUACCAAAUUUGUUGUGUAUAUGUCAAGAUUUUGGGACUAAAAAAACUUAGUCUUCAGUCCGUCACAAACAAUUCUGACUCCUUUGCGACUAUCUUGUGACUAAACAGCGACUAUUUUAGGACCAAAAUUCAGAUUUUUAAAGUUUACUGUGGUAUUAAGUCAGUCUUCCAAACGUAGCUAAUUUGUGACUACCAUGUCGUCUGAAAGAAGUCGUCUAUUACGACUGCCAAAGCGAGUCACUAUACUGUCGUUAAUUACGACGGUAUAUUCCGGUCUGUCCGUAGUCGCCAAUUACGACUGCGCCAGUGAGUCACUAUAGAGUCGUUCAUUACGACGGUACGUUUCGGUCUGUCCGUAGUCGCUAAUUAACGACCAUAACCCUUGUCUCCAAUGCGUCGCAAAUAAGGGACUGGUUUGCGACCAAAACAAUUUGCGACCAAAUAUUUGCGACCAAAUAUAACAGUCCUUCAAUAGUUGCACAUACCGACUUAGCGACUGAUUUGAGACGAUUCCAGUAGUCCCAAACGCCGUGUUUUCGUGUAGUGUUGGUG